GCGCGGAGCCGACAAGCCUUCCUUCCCUCUGCCGACCCGGCUUCGGGCGUUGCCCUGUGGCUGGCCUACGUUCGCGACGUGGCCCUGGCUGGCCCUGGGCAGCGCUGCUGCGUGCCGGCGCAUCUCCGAACGCCGACGACAACGGCGGCGAGGGCGGCGACGACGACCGUCCGCGCAGCCACUUGGCUCACGGUCCCCUGGCACUCCCGCGUCGGGGGCGCCGCCUCGCCUCCCCGGCCUCCUCCUCCACCUCUUCCUCCCUCUCGUCUCCCAGCCACCGCCGAGUGCGAUGGCCGAUGGCGCCGCGACGGGGGCCGCUGAGGCCAGGAUGGCGAUGGUCGGGCUGGUCCCGAACGUCGGCGACGGCUCGGCGGCCGCCGCGGCGAGCCAGGGCAUCGAGAGCGGGACCCCGACCUGCAGCAACAAGUCCGUCCAGGCGACGCUGCGUGUGCUGGUGGUCACGACGCUGCUCGCCGCCUUCUACACACUGUGGUUUGUUGGCGAGCUGCUGCUGACCAAGAAGUGGCGAUCCACCGAGAACGAUGUCGAGGGUGUGUGGAGUGGGAUCAACACCCUCCUUGUCGACCUCAUCGUGCCAGCCUGCGGGUACUAUGGCGCCCUCUACGGCAAUCGCCACCUUACCUGCUGCUUCUGCACCUGCACGCUGAUGCUCUCCACCUUAGCGAUCUCCAUGGUCGUGCUCAAGCUGCUUGCCAACCUGCACAGCAUCCGGUGGCAGGAGUUCGGCGAGGACGACUGCAAGAAAGCCUUCGGCACGCUGUUAGACUUGUGUGCCUUCUGGUUUGCCGCCCACCUUUAUUCCCAGAUGCCCAGCAACCGCCCGACCUUCCUCACGCCGCUGGUGGGACAGGUGGUCCAUAUCGAGCGGGGCGUCAGCCCAGCGCCCGCCAGCCACGGUGCUAGCACCAGGAGUGAUCCCGAGGAGGCCGUUGGAGCUGCCGGCGCCAGCCCUGGCGCUGCCACCAGGCCGUCGCUUCCAGGAAGGCCGCCUUCGUGGACGGCUGCCGCCGUCGGCGCUGGUGCCGCCACUGCCAGACCUGGUGCUGCCUCUACGCCCCGCUAGUGAGGAGGAAGAGGACAUGUCCACACCGCAGCGGCUGAGCGGCGACGUCCACCGAGCGCUCUCGGCGGCGUGCCCGACCUGCUGAGCAGGCUGCUUCCACAGAAGGCGCCUGUGCACAACCGUGCCUGGCCAGCGCCAUCCUUGGGCUCCAGGACAGUGCAGGGACCCUCGUGGCCUCGGGCCCGGGAUGGCCAGGCAAGCGCGGUGCCGGUGUAUAGGCGGCUUCUGCGCACGGCUUGCUGCCAGCGCGCCCGCCGAGCCGGAGCGGCGGGCGCGCGCGCCGCCGCCGCCGCCGCCGAGUCAGCUCCGCGCGCUCAGCCCGUCGCGAGUGUUGGCCCGGUUCGGUUUGGUCUCGCAUAGGAUGGGGGGCCAUGGCGCUGCUGGGACCAACCUUUGUCUUGACCCUCGUGGCCGCGAACUGCUUCGGAACAGCCGGCUCCACUCUGCCAUUCGCUCGUGGCAGCUCGGAUCAUGUCCGCUUCCAGCCCGGGCAGUCCAGAUCUCCAGGCGUCCUGAAAAGAAGAGGCCGCAUAUACGCGGACUCUCGUUUCAACUCUGGCGCCCGGGAGCCGCUGCUCUCGAGCCCGCCUGCGGCGAGCACCUGUGUGACUAGAGGCUCCGUGGCCCACGUCGUGUCCAAGAAGCCACGAAGUCUGAGGUCUGGGUGUCUUGGGAGAGCGGGAGAGGUGGAUUAAUGCUUGAGCUCCAUGCAGGGAAAGUGCCCCGCAUCUCCAGUAAUGACAGGGUGGUUGGAUGGGGAUGAUGGUAGCAAGGUAUGCUCUCAUCCUGCUGCGCCUUAUCCCCCAGGUGCUUGUUACAGGUAUCCUUCCUUACAUCUUCACGGAACUUGGUGUUUGUGCCAGGCUUUCAGCUUUUUGUCGUCCGUGGGCGCCCUUGGUGCAGCACGGUGGGAUCUCUCGGCGCAUCAUGAUGCUUGGGGUGAUGUCGACUACGUAGGAGCACCACCAGCUGUACGCCGAGCUUGCUCUGCCACAUCCCGAGGAACAUCAAGCUCUGAGGGCCUCCCCGGCCGCGCCCGGUCGUCUUCUCCUGUUCCUCCUGCCUCUCCUUCCCCUGCCUGUGCCUCAAAUUGCUUCGCUUAUGUCCUGUGGUAGCCUGGCCGCAGCUCAGACCCGAGACGCCGCCAAUCA